AUGCCCCAACACACCGUCUUCCGCUUCCCUACCCGAACCGCCUUCGAGGAUCUCACUUCCUACCAAGAAGACAUCCCAACGCCAUCCGCCCAUGAGGUGCUGAUCAAAGUCCGCGCCAUCUCACUCAACUCGCGGGACUGCCAGAUCGCAACCUCCCAGUAUCCCUUCCCCAUUAAAGAAAACCUCAUCCCCGCCUCCGACGCAGCCGGCGAGAUCAUCCAAGUCGGCGAUGGGGUCGUCGACUUCAGCAAGGGAGAUCGAGUGCUCACCUGCUUCGACCUGAACAGGCUGUACGGUCCGUCCAAGCACCCCGUCGCUACUCAAGCGGGCGGUGGGCUUGACGGCGUGAUGGCCCAGUUCAUCGUCCGCCCGGCAUCGGCCGUCGUCAAGGUCCCAGCCGAGGCUCCCCAGUCUUUCAGCGAGCUGGCCACCCUGGUCUGCACCGGCGUCACGGCAUGGAAUGCCCUCUUUGGAAACACCCAGUUGGUCCCAGGCCAGACGGUCCUUGUUCAAGGCACCGGAGGCACAUCCAUGACAGCCCUCGUCCUAGCCAAAGCAGCCGGAGCCACCACGAUCGUGACCUCAUCCAGCGACGAAAAGCUGCGCAUGGUAAAGGACAAGUUCAACCCGGACCACUGCAUAAACUACAAGACGACGCCCGACUGGGCCGCCGAAGCGACCAAGCUCACAGGCGGAAAAGGCGUGGACCAUAUCAUCGAGAUUGGAGGCAUCGGGACCAUCGAGCAGAGUCUCGCGGCCAUUGCGCGCGGUGGCACUAUCACGAUCAUUGGGUAUCUGGCGAAGCUUGACCCUGCCCAGGGUCACGCACCGGAUAUCCCUGUGCUAGCGCUGGGCAAGGAGGCGAUUCUCCGCGGCAUCCAGGUUGGGCCGAGGUGUAUGCUCGAGGACUUGGUGACGUUUGUAUCGAGGAGGAAACUGAGGUUCCAGAUUGAUAGGGAAUUUGGGUUUGGUCGGGAGGAUGUUGUGGCGGCGUAUCGGGCCCUUGCGGAGGGGAGGCAUGUUGGGAAGAUUUGUAUUCUGGUUGAUUAG